CGUGAUCAGUUAUCUGCAGAUCGUCUUAAAAAUAUAUUCGUCAUGACAUCCUCUUCUACCACAAGUAUAAUGAGUAUUAGAGACAUGAUUGACAUAGCUUUUGGAGAUUCUGAAGUAAAUAUUGUAAAUCACAAAUUAAUCCAGACGAUUCUUUAUCUUCUUGCUAGACAAUUACGAGUAUUAGAGAGGCGAGUACAAAUUGUAAUUGUUCCUGAUAUGGAAAUGGAAUCUAGUAGCAGUCUCUCAGUUACGGAAGUAAAACUACAUGCUCAAGUGCCUAAAAAGAAACGUCGCUUGGCAAAAAUGGUUAGUAGUGUUGCAGGAGGUAAAGUGGGCUCAAUUAGCACUGCAGGACUAGUUAGUAAAGCCAUAUUAAAUAAAGGCACUAGAGGACAAAUUGAUAGCAAACGUCAAAGAGAUAAAACUUUGCAAGGAUCUGAUAAGCCACUUACUUCUGACAAGUCUGCUUCUGACAAAUCUGGUACUGAUAAAUCUUCUAUUGAGAAGUCUUUUCCUGAAAAGUAUUCUGUUGAGAAAUCUUCUACUAUAAAGACUUUUGCUGAUAAAACUUCUAUUAAAAUGUCUACCACGAAAUCCAGUAAUUUAAGGGCACCUUUAAAUGAAAAUUUAACUGAAAGCUCUACGAAAUCAACUACAGAUUCAUCUACUAGAGAUAAAACUACCAAUAUAACAGCUGCUACAGAUAGAGCCAUAUCAGAUAAAAUAUCAAAGGACAAAAUGUCUACAGAUAACAGCAAAACAUCAUCAGGGAAGUCUAAAUCAGACAAAUCUUCUACAGACAAAUAUUAUACAGAUAAAUCUUCUAAUAAAUCAACUGAAGACAGUAAUAUUGAAAAGUUAUUAUCUGAUAAAAGAAGUGAUAAAUGGUCAUCCGAACAAAGGGGUACAGAAAAACCUUCAAAUAAAAUAUCUACACAAAAAUCUUCUUCCAAAGAUACAACAUCCUCUGACAAGCAUUCGUCACAGGAUUACCACAAGUUGAUGGAGAAAAUCGAAGAAAGAAGAGAGAAAGAAUUACGUGUUAUUCACCAGAGAGCGGAUUCUAGAGAAGUACAAGAAAGAACCCCUACACCUAUGGCUUCUUUGGACAUUAUGGAAAUGCAAUACGAAAAAUUGCUAAUUGUGCAGAGAGUGCCCACUGAGGAAGCAAAAACUGUCAAUGACUUUGUGACUUCAAUACAUUUUUUUGUCCUAUCUACUCCAUAUUUUUUUACAAAUUUUACAUCUACAGGACGUUAUGGAACAGACAGCCGUGGUCGUACUCCCCAGUUAUCAAUAGUUACACAGGAAGAGUUCGCCGAAUUAGCUACAAUAGUUCGUGAACUUCAAGACCGGUUUGGACCUAUCGCCGGAGCUGAAUUUCCAGAUAAUAUUAAACUUAUGCAAGACCUCCGUAAGGGCGCCUCUUUGACAGAUGCUAUGGCAGCCUUACAACUUUCUGCUCGUCUUGAAGGUGCAGAAAAGACGUUGCAAAAAAUGACUUCAUUAGUAACAGAUCUCGCCAGUAGAACUCCAGGUUUUGAAGGAUUGCUCGAUGAGACCCAUGACGUGGAAGCAGACACCGAAGUUCUGUUUGGCGCCCCUAAAAUAUUGUCACAAAUAUCGCCAUCCAGGAUUAAAAAGUAUACAGUUCAACCGACAGAAAACCUGAGCAAAAGUACAGCACAAUACAACUCAGUCCCCUCUACAGAAUCCUUGGUUCCUACAGUUACAUCAUACUCACACCCAAAGGAAUACGUAGCUACAGAAGUUCCAACUGAAGACAAAAUUACUGCUCAGGAAUUAGAAAUUGCUUUACAAAGAAUAUAUGAUGAUUUCCUCAAGAUGGUGACCAGUUCGACAACUCGAAGUAACGUAAAUUCCGAUAAUGCACUUAAAAUGGCACGUGGAUUAGAAGAGAAAUUGAAUGCUUCAUUAAACCUCGGUAAUCGUAUGAAUGAUCUGGAAACAUUAGUCUCCGAAUAUUCAGAACAAAUAAAUUUUCUUGACACGGGCUUAUCGUCACAGAUGACAAAUUAUCAAGAACUGUUAACCCAAAUGCAACAUGAUUUAGAAACUGGACUGGAAACAAUGGCAGAGGCAUUAGCUAAUACAGGUGGUGAUACAACAGCUGUAGCCGAGCUGAACACACAUUUUACUAAUCUUCAAAUAGACCUCGAUACCACAAAUUUACGUCAGAAAGAACUAAGAGACGUUCAAACUGUGCUCUCCAAAAACCUUCAGGAUAUAUGGAAACAAAUAGAAUUACUACAAGCUGCAAAAUCGGAUAGAGAUGAGGUAGCAGAUGCACUAAAGGAUAAAGCUGGACUUGAAGCAUUAAAUGGACUUGUUACUCUUCAGCAAUUUGAUGCAGUAAGAGGAGACCUUGAGAAACGUAUUAGUAAUGCUUACGAUAAAUUCAAUAAUCAAGAAAUUAUCUGGCAAAAAGCAAUAGAUGAAUUAGUAAGGGAACUAAAUGAAAAGGCAGAUUGGAUUCAGGUCGUAUCCCUUCGCGACGACGUGAAUAAAAAUCUUGAAAAGCUAAGAAGCCGACUUCACGCAAUGAUCGAAAUUGUUGGAGAGCCACAAGCCGCUGCUGUCUCAAGGAGAUUGCAUCGAGAAACAGCAUGUUUGUCUUGUGCUAGCCCUGCUCAUAUGAACCUGGAAGAACCUGGUAUAGUACCAGCGUUGCCUGCUUUCAAAAUAUCCAGACCACCCGCAGUAGGGGCUGAGGCUCCAACCAAGAUGAAAGAAGAUGGAGCUCACAAACUUUGUUAUCCGGGUUUGCCAAUACCACAUCCAAGGGACCCUAGAUCACAUGUAUGCCAACGAUAUUGUGGUGGAUCACACACAAUUUUAUCUAACACAACAUGUCGUGCUCCACUCGGAUUGAUCGUUAAUCCUGUAUUGAGGCAAGUUACUACAGGAGUUGGAUCUUGUGGUAAAACCUACAUAACCGAUGAAGAAUAUAUAAAUAAGCCUUGCGUGCCAUGCAAUGUGCCUAAACCGGUGACCCCUGAUCACUCCAUAGUAGAACAAGGUCCAUUACCUACAAAAGACGUGGAUUCAGAUACAACGCCUACAGGUUUUCAAGAGCAAUCACAAGUGUUCGUUCAACUAUUCGACGACGUAUCAAUCACACCACCACCACCAUUUGAUGACGAUUAACUUUGUUUUGUUACAUACUUUUAUAUUGUAUAUGUCUCGGCUAUCCAAAUACUACAUAUAAAUUAAAAGUAAAGAAAACAAAUAAUAUAAUUAUUUGUAUACUUUAGUGUCCACGGAGAAACUCCAGCCUCCCUAAAUAUAAUCCAACACAUUUAACAGGACGAGUUUUUACAUAUAUUGUAAAUACGAAUUAAUUAAACCAAUAGCUGCUCCACCCUUUUGCUAUUGCGAAUUGACAUUAUGCUGGUCCCUAAUGAACUUAAUAAAAUUUUUAAUUUAAUAAUUUUCCUAUUUUUAAAACUUUCAAAUUAUGCCACCUCAGGAAUCGGCUUACUUAUAGUUUCACUAGCUACGCGCCCCGGCUUCGCACGGGUGUACAUAUAUUAUAUAGAUAUAUAAACCUUCCUCUAGAAUAACUCUUAUCUAUUAAAAA